GCUCACGCCCCACGUUGGAGAUACUACGGCGCGGCCCGUCGACGCAAGGGUCGUCGCGAUGUGGAACUGACAGCCGCCGAGGAGGAGGAACGAAGGGCACGCAAAGCCAAGAGGUUGAUGCGGAAACUGAGUGUCACAUCCAACGGAUUUCAUUGCUAUUGGCAAGUGCAGAAGUACCUGAUCAGCGACAAAUGUACCUGUUCAUGUGCCUGAGCUUAUGA